AUGGUACAGCGGUUAGAGUUGUGCCCAUUGUGCCUGUACAACCAUAACGGAAAACAUUGCAUGUCGAAACGCCGAUGUGGUACGGAUCGUUGUGAUCAGAGACAUCAUCCACUCUUACACUGGGAAUCAAAUUCAAACGCACCGCAUUUGAUUGCGAGCUGCAACAGUCAUCGACAGUCAGUCAUAUUUCGAAUGAUUCCUGUAGUGGUUUACAGCGACCUAAAAAAACUGAAGGCGUUAGCGCUGAUAGACGAAGGAUCAUCAGUGACACUGAUUGAGGACGAACUAGCUAAGGAGUUGGGAUCAAAAGGAAACAUAGAACCUCUGGAAAUGAGUUGGACCAACGGAAUGAGUACGGUGGAGAAUCGAUCAGCUAAAAUACACCUUCAAAUAUCGGCUGUAGAUGACAUGAACCGCUUCGAUCUGAUUGAUGCUAACACCGUCCGUAAACUGGACUUACCCAUGCAAUGUUUGGACAGCGGUGAGCUGCGUGAGAAAUUCUUACACCUGCGGGACAUUGAAAUCCCAAGCUACGGGUCAACAAAACCGAAGUUGUUGAUUGGAAUCAACAAUGCUCAUCUUAUCGCCCCGCUUCAAUCCCGAAUAGGAGAGUUAGGAGAACCCGUCGCUAUACAAUGUCGGCUAGGAUGGAGUUUGUACGGACCACGAACAGGUGUAGUAGCCAAUGUACAUUUCUUGGGACAUCACCGCUCCUGCGACGAGUGCGAUAGAAACGACCGAGAAAUGAAUGAGUCCUUGAAAGAAUAUUUUAGCAUCGAAGCAGUUGGGAUAUCUCCAGUUCUGCUGGAAUCGAACGUAGACCGGCGAGCUCGCGAAAUAUUGGAGCGAACGACAAGACGUACAGGAGAUCGUUUCGAAUCUGGGUUGCUGUGGAAAACAGACAACGUGAGGUUCCCGGAGAGUUAUCAAAUGGCUUUGAAACGAACAAAUAGCUUGGAUCGUAGAAUGGAUAAGCAGCCGGGCGUUCGUGAGGCCAUUUUAAAACAGUUGCACGAGUACAUCGAGAAGGGUUACGCUCAUUUGAUUACAGAGCUAGAAUUACAAAAUACUCCACCGGAGAGGACGUGGUACCUGCCCCUAAACUUUGUAAUUAAUCCGAAGAAGCAAGGAAAGAUGCGUCUAGUAUGGGACGCCGCUGCUAAGAACAAAGGAGUUUCACUCAACGAUUUUCUACUGAAAGGGCCGGAUAUGGUUUCGUGUUUAUCAACAGUUAUAGACGGUUUUCGGGAGAGACGGAUUGCUUUCGGAGCGGACAUUCGAGAAAUGUUCCACCAGAUACGUGUGAGAUCGGAGGACCGCCAGGCUCAACGCUUCUUGUUUCGUACAGAUGUCGAACGAGAGCCGCAGAUAUUUGUAAUGGACGUGGUGGUGUUCGGAGCUAGCUGUUCUCCUUGUACAUCGCAGUACGUCAAAAACUUAAAUGCUCGAGAGCAUGCAGUGCAGUACCCUGAGGCGGCAAAGGCUAUCAUCGAGAAGCACUUCGUCGACGAUUAUUUUGAUAGUGUUGACACGGAAUGUGAAGCUGUUCAGAGAGCUAAGGAUGUAAAAGCGGUACAUGCAGCUGGCGGCUUCGAAUUGCGGAACUGGAUGAGUAAUUCUUCUGAAGUGCUCAAAGAACUUGGCUCUACUUCCAUGGAAUCUGCUAGGUUUGUUGAAGUUAACAAAACUGAUAAUGUUGAACGUGUUCUGGGUAUCAGCUGGAAUGCCGUCAAGGAUACAUUUGUUUUUUCGACAGACAUGCGCGCGGACCUGCACCCCUUUAUUAAGGAAGGUGCAUGGCCCACUAAACGAAUUGCGUUGAGGUGCAUCAUGAGCAUGUUUGACCCGAAACAAUUUUUGGCGCCAAUCCUGAUCCACGGACGGAUAAUUAUGCAGGAUGUAUGGCGAAGUGGAAUCGAAUGGGACGAUAAAUUGAGAGAGGAGCAGUAUCACCAAUGGUUACGUUGGACAAAUCUAUUUCCGUUGAUCGACACCGUUGAAAUUCCUCGUUGUUACCUUGGCAGAUUGGACUCAACAUCGUACGAGAGUGUACAGUUGCACGUUUUCUCCGAUGCCGGUGAAGACGCGUAUGGCACUGUUGCAUACUUCCGGUUUGUGAAAGAUGAACUGAUUCAUUGUGCCUUUAUCGAAGCCAAAGCCAAAGUUGCUCCAUUACAGCACAUGUCGAUACCCAGGAAAGAAUUGCAAGCCGCGACAUUGGGGGCCCGCCUUGCAAAAGGCAUACGAGAGAGUCAUUCCUUUCCAAUUACCAAAACGGUUAUGUGGACAGAUUCGAAGGCGGUUUAUUCGUUGGAUUAG